CGCUUACACAGUAUGGCCGGCGAUAUUAGCUAGCGCUCGCUAACGGUAUUCUCUGCUAAAGGGAAGACGGUAACUCAAGCAAAUCAACUCCUGGAUUGUUUAAAGGACUGAACCUCACUAAAUAAUAACAGGUCGAGGAAGGAGUAAUUAAGCUGUAAACGUUUUAAACGACGUUGUAAUAUUUUUGGUUGUUGGGUGUCUGUUGUCUCACGAUGGAAGAUAACGGUGCACAUUUCUUCGAGGGGACCGAGAAGCUGUUGGAGGUGUGGUUCUCUCGGCAGGAUGAGACCAAAGGAAACGGAGACCUCCGUACCAUCCCAAGGUUUGAGUGGGACAAACUUUUGGAAAAUGUGCAUUGUUUGAUAAUAAGUGUGACAAAGACCGACAAGCAGGAAGCUUAUAUACUCAGUGAGAGUAGCAUGUUUGUCUCCAAGAGACGUUUCAUUUUGAAGACAUGCGGAACCACCCUCUUGUUGCAAGCACUGGUGCCUCUGCUGGAACUCGCCAGGGAGUACUGUGGCUUCGACACCAUUGAGAAUUUCUUCUACUCCCGUAAGAACUUCAUGAAACCAGCCCAUCAAGAGUUCCCUCAUCGAAACUUCCAGGAAGAAGUGGACUUCCUCAGCCAGAUUUUUCCCAAUGGUGCAGCCUACUGUAUGGGACGUUUGAACUCUGACUGCUGGUACCUGUUUACUCUGGAUAUGCCAGAGUACUGGGAGAACAAGUAUGCUGAUCAGACGCUGGAAGUUCUGAUGAGCGACCUUGAUCCAGCCAUCAUGGACCAGUUCUACAUGAAAGACGGUGUUUCCGCAAGUGAGGUCACUCGUAUGAGUGGAAUUCGUGACCUGAUACCAGGUUCUGUGAUUGAUGCCACAAUGUUCAACCCUUGUGGAUACUCAAUGAACGGGAUGAAGACUGACGGAACCUACUGGACCAUCCACAUCACCCCAGAGCCAGAGUUCUCCUACGUCAGCUUUGAAACAAACCUCUCCCAGACAUCAUAUGAUGAACUGAUCAGGAAGGUUGUGGAGGUGUUCAAGCCAGGAAAAUUUGUGACUACACUCUUUGUCAAUCAGAGCUCCAAAUGUCGCAGUGUCUUUUCUACUCCCCCAAAAAUGGAGGGCUACAAGCGCCUUGACCGCCAGUUGGCUCAGUUCAACGAUUACAAUUUCGUCUUCACAAGCUACACCAAGAAUCGCCAGCAGAACCAGCAGCAGAGCUGAGGGUCGAGGAUGAAGAGGCGCAAAAAACGUGGCGCCUCGGCGCUCCCAUGUUGCGACGCGGUUCACCACCCAGUAGCGAGCUUAU